UCGAACCGGUGCUUGGCGGCGUUGCCAUGGAGAUGUGGCCUGGCCGUCGCUUGGGGCUUGCGGGUUGACAGGACGCUCAGGUUGCUGGCCUUGGGGCUCUCUCCCGACGGCGCCGUCUUCUCCUCAGACAAGGCUGACCGAGGAGGAGUUUGGAAGCUCCCGAGAGUUUAUAGAAACCUAUUCACAAAAAUGGCAUCCUGGUUAUAUGAAUGUCUUUGUGAAGCUGAACUUGCACAGUAUUAUCCUCAUUUUACUGCCCUUGGCCUUCAGAAAAUAGAUGAAUUAGCCAAGGUUACGAUGAAGGACUACUCCAAACUGGGAGUCCAUGACAUGAACGACCGCAAACGUCUCUUCCAACUUAUCAAAAUUAUUAAGAUUAUGCAGAAAGAAGAUAAAACAGUCAGUCCAGAGCAUCAUCUUCAGACAAGCAGCCUGUACAUCAAGCCUCAGGAAUUCAGAUCUGGCCCUCGCAGACAGCUGCACUUUGAUUCUCCUGUGGACAAUAAAGACAGAACUGCCAACAACGAUCGGUUUGAAAUGUGCAGUUUAUCAGAUUUCUCUGCAAAUGAACAGAAGUCCACUUACCUAAAAGUGCUGGAACACAUGCUACCAGAUGAUUUCCAGUACCAUACAAAAACACAAAUUCUGAAUGCCACAGCUGCUGGUUCCGAUGUGCAAACAGAAACUAACACUUCAUUCUUUUCAUCAAAUCACUUUUCCCCGGUAUUAGGAGAUUGUGAUAUUCCCAUUAUUCAAAGAGUCUCUCAUGUUUCAGGUUAUAACUAUGGAAUCCCUCAUUCUUAUAUCAGACAGAAUACCUUAGAGAAAGAGAAUCCUUGGACUGAGAUGGAGAAAAUCAGAGUUUGUGUUCGAAAACGUCCUCUGGGCAUGAGGGAGGUACGUCGUGGAGAAAUUAAUAUUAUUACUGUAGAAGACAAAGAAACCCUACUUGUGCAUGAGAAGAAAGAAGCAGUUGACCUCACACAAUAUAUUCUUCAGCAUGUUUUUUAUUUUGAUGAAGUCUUUGGUGAGGCAUGUACCAAUCAGGAUGUAUACAUGAAGACUACUCACCCACUCAUUCAGCAUAUUUUCAAUGGAGGCAAUGCCACUUGCUUUGCAUAUGGACAGACAGGUGCUGGAAAGACCUACACCAUGAUAGGAACGCAUCAGAACCCAGGACUGUAUGCUCUGGCUGCCAAAGAUAUCUUCAAGCAACUAGAAGUAUCCCAGCCAAGAAGGCACCUCUUUGUCUGGAUCAGCUUCUAUGAAAUCUACUGUGGGCAGCUUUAUGACCUCCUAAAUAGAAGAAAAAGGCUCUUCCCAAGAGAAGACAGCAAGCACGUGGUACAGAUAGUGGGACUGCAAGAACUUCAGGUGGAUAGUGUGGAACUCCUCUUAGAGGUAAUCUUAAAGGGAAGCAAGGAGCGCAGCACUGGAGCCACUGGAGUUAAUGCCGACUCCUCCCGCUCCCAUGCUAUCAUCCAAAUUCAGAUCAAAGAUUCAGCCAAGAGGACAUUUGGCAGGAUCUCUUUUAUUGACUUGGCUGGCAGUGAAAGAGCAGCAGAUGCCAGGGACUCCGACAGGCAGACAAAGAUGGAAGGUGCAGAAAUAAACCAGAGUCUUCUGGCUCUGAAGGAAUGUAUCCGAGCACUGGAUCAGGAACACACCCAUACUCCCUUCAGGCAAAGCAAAUUAACUCAGGUCCUGAAGGACUCUUUCAUUGGCAAUGCCAAAACCUGCAUGAUCGCCAAUAUCUCACCAAGUCACGUGGCCACUGAACACACUCUGAAUACCUUGCGCUAUGCUGACCGGGUCAAGGAACUAAAGAAAGGCAUAAAGUGUUGUGCUUCAGCUACCAGUCGAAAUCGGACAUCUGCAAGCUCCUCCCCAAAACGAAUUCAGAGCUCUCCUGUGGCCCUGCCAGGGGACAAGUGUUCUCCCAAGAAAGUAAAGCUGGGGCUUCAGCAAUCACUCACAGUGGCACCUGGCUCCACAAGAGGGAAGACCCAUCCUCUGGCCAGCCACCCACCUAACAUCCCUUUUGCUUCUAUACCUAAAGUCCCUGGUAAAAGGGGUAGCUCCAGAGGGAGUUUUCCUCAAGAGUGGCUCAUUCAGACUAGCCCUGUCAAAGGAACCAUGAGGUUUGGACAUUUGGCCAAAAAAAGGGCAGAAGAGUCAGCUCUCUUGUGCUCUGAGAAAAAUCAAAUUGGCAACAAAACUGCCCUUGGGUGGGGAAGCAGAGCUCCAGGCCCAGAAGAAGUGCAUGGUAAGCUGCCCACCAAGUGCAAGAAAGUUCAGACUGUGCAGCCAGUACAGAAGCAGCUUGUGUCACGAAUUGAGCUCUCCUUUGGCAACACCCACCACAUAAAAGAGUAUGGUCAGGACAGCAAAGAAGGCAGGCCUGCUGCUGGAACUUGGACAAACAUCCCUCCACAUCAGAAGGACAGGGAGGAACAUUUACGUUUUUAUCACCAGCAGUUCCAGCAGCCUCCUCUCCUCCAACAAAAGUUAAAUUACCAACCACUGGAAAGGUUUUUAUGCCAAUACAGGACGCCAGAGGGUCAGCUUCAGAAUGAGACUCCCCCUCUGUUCCACUCUUGUUCUGAGAGCCAUGAUGGAGCCCAGGUUGAGGACCUUGAUGACAGUGAUUUCAGUGAAGAUUCUUUUUCACAUGUCUCCAGUCAGAGGACCACAAAGCAGAGGAACACCCUGGAGAAUAGCGAAGACUCAUUCUUCCUUCAUCAGAGGGGGGAGCAAGGUCCUGAGGAGCAGGCAGCAGAAAGGCGGGAGAGUCUGUUUUCUAGCCCCAGGACUGACGGUCAUGAGAAAGGUCUAAGUGAAAGCUGGGUGUACUCCAAGGACCCCAUAAGCCACAUGAGAGCAGCACUCGAUCAUAGCAGCAGCCCAAGUAAGGUGCCCUUGGAUUGGAGCAGAGAGGAGGACUCCACCUCCUCAGGGCAUUCUCCCAAAGACAACCCAGCAGAGAAGCCUUACUGCUCACAGGUAGAUUUUAUACAUGGCCAGAAAAGAGGUGGAGGCCCUGCCUUUGAUCUCAGACAGGAUGCAUUCAGAAGUGAGGUUCCUGGGCAGACUGAGAAGAGCUUGCCAUCCCCAGAGGAAGAUGGUUUCACUUUCUCACUAUCUCACGGUAUAGUUCCUGGAUCCCCUGACCAAAGAGACACAGUCACCACACCUUUGAGAGAAGUCAGUGAAGAUAGCCCAAUUCAAGUGACUAGAACAGUGAAAAACAGUAAUGCUUUCCAAGGAGAAGACUCUAGAGGGCAAUUAGGCAUGUGCUCUGAAUAUGCUUCUGGACUGAUGGCUCCCCUCACCGUGUCCCUCCUGGAGAACCCAGAUGAUGAGGGUUCUCCCUUGGAGCAGCUGGCCCAGGAUAGAGCUAUGCAUAGUCCAGUGGCAGAGAGCAUAGGGGGGCCAGUUUUGGGCCACACAGUGUCAUCUGGUGAUCAAGAGGCAGUCUUGUCAGUGUCUUCAGCAGCUGGGCACCUGUGGCUGUCCUCAUCUCCCCCUGACAAUAAGCCUGGGGGUGAUCUUCCAGCUCUGUCUCCAUCACCCAUCCGUCAGCACCCACCUGACAAGCAACCCAACAGACAGGCUGACCUGGGAGAGGCCUGCCAGAGCAGAGAGACUGCCUUCUUCUCCCAGGAGCAUGUGGGUGGUGAGCAGUAUGAUGCCGAUGCCGAAGAGGUAGAGCUGGGCGGCUCCUGGGGUUUCCCAAGAAAGCCCUUCCCUACCAUACAUACUGGGGUGCCUCAGUCUGGACCUACACUCACUGCACAAACAGGAAGUAGUGACCAAUCCUGGGCUCAGAGAAAACAUCCUACAAGGUUUGGUUGGCAGGAGCUUGGUUUGUCCACAGACCCCAUGAAGUUGGCCUGCUACAAAGAUAUCCCAUGGCUCAAACGUAGGCCAGUCUCAAGGUGUAGAGGAAGGCCAGGCCCUCCCCUGGCCCACAGCUGUUCUCCCAAGACUGCAGGGACACUCCAUCAGCCCACCCUGAAGCAAGCACAGCAGGUGGUCAUCCAAGCACACCAGGAACAGCUGGAUGAAAUGGCCGAGCUAGGCUUCAAGGAGGAGACCCUGAUGAGCCAGCUGGUUUCUAAUGAUUUUGAAGAUUUUGUGACCCAGUUGGAUGAGAUCAUGGUUCUGAAAUCCAAGUGCAUCCAGAAUCUCAGGUGCCAGCUACAACUGUACCUUACCCACCGCAGGCUAGCUGCUGCCCCUGAGAGGACAGUGGUGUCUUAGAGUAAGAUCCUGUAUGGGAUGGUGUGGGCAGUGCAGGAGCCUGUGCUGGGCUCUCAGGGGCUGGGGGAGGCCUCUGCCAGGUCCUACUUGCACAUUACCAGAACCCACUCUCUGGUCCUGCCCGUGCUAGCCUGGCCCCAGCUUCUUUCCCUCAGGGCCACACUGAAGAACUUAAUGCCCCUUCCUUUUCUUUGUGGCUGGAGAAUUUGCUUUACUGACCCAUUGUCCAUGGGAACACAUUUGGAUCUAAUGACCUUAAAGAUGUUUCUAACUUUGGGGACCAGAGGAUGGGGUCAUCAGUGGUAACCUAAAAGUCAGAGGUCACAAGCUAGGAAAGACAAUAUGCUGAGCCCCAGUGGCUUUAUCAGCUGAAUUCUGUGCCUUUGUAUUUUCAAAGACUAAAACACUGGCUAAAACCUAAAACAUUGGUGCUAGUGGGGCAGGGAUCAGGGUAAGCUGUGCCCUGAUUUAGGGAUAUAGAUUAGUUUUUUAAAAUAUAAAAUGGAUAAACCUUGACUUGAUGGGUCUUUCACAGCAGCAGAUGUGAGACAAGCUUUGGAGAGUUCCCCUCCUUUCCUGCAAUCCAGUUUUCAGAGAGAAGGUGCCCAUGUCACUGCAUUAUUCUUUUCCCAUCUCUGAUUUUUGCUGGGGCGAUGAGCCUCUAUACAAUGCUCACUAGCCCUCAUGCUUCUGUGGCAGUUCCUGGCUCCUGUCUGAGAGUCCUCACUUCCCCUAUCCCUCCUAGAAGAGUUGAAAGUUAGAAGAUCUCAGACAAGUCUGUCUCCUAGCCUUGCUAUCAUCUAGGACACCCUGGCCAGCCACUAUUGCCUUCUUAAGGACCUAUGUUCGACCCUUGGCACAGAGUACUAUAGUCAACAGUCUGAGGCCUCCGAAACAGAAUUCUCUCUCACACACACACACACACACACACACACACACACACACGCCCGCCUUCUUCUGAGUUGUUUGCUGGGUAUCUAAAAAGAUACAGGAAGCAGCCUCCAGAUGCCAAUCAAUCACUUUCUGAGGCCACCAUGGGUCAAACUGAGAUUCUUAUAUCACAGCCUUGGCCCUAAUGCCAAUUACCCUGUGAACUUUAGCUUCCUUCAGGUAAAGGAUAACUUUUUAAGGUUUAAAAAGAGAGAGCUUAAAUGGCUCUCUUGAGACUAGCAACCUGGCCUGGCCACCCUUUGUCAGCCUCUGGCAGUGCCUAGUCUGACCACCAGAGGGCGGCCUCAUUCCAGCUUGGUGCUUCUGGGCCCUAAGGCUCUGAAACCCCUCCUUAUAUGAUCACCGAAAAAACUUAAGAGACCCACGCCAGCCAUAAGCCCAAGUGAGACAGUGGUGUGGUAUUAAGUCUAAGGACAAGAACCGUUAGGAAUGAAUCCAGUUCUAUCAGAUACAACAGUGCCACUGAGAGCUGGUGAAACACUUUAAAUCCAGGGCUGCCUGUGGACAGAGCACAUACACGUCAGCUGCUCAGAGGAAAAGGGACUUCUUCCUCACUUCCUGAGUGAUUCCCCUGAAGGAAGGCCCAGCCUGUCCCACCUCCAGAAUCAGUCUUGCAGGAAGGCAUGUCCUUGGCCCAGAGACAGCUAGGUCAGGUUCAAACAGACAAAAACCAGGGCAGACUAGAGGGCCAGCUCGUGGGUCCUGCAGGCCUAGAGUGGGAAGAAAGUUCUGACACAGAAAAUAGUUAGGUCCUGUUUCAUGCCCAGCAAAUCUAAGCAGGAAAUCCCUUCACCACCCACCUACCCACCCCCCUUAGUAAAACAACCCUUGGCAAUAAAGCACAGCAGGACAUACCUUUUGGAUUUUUAUUAUUAGUUCUCUCUGAAGAAUCAAAAUAGUUAGCAAAUUAUUUUAGAUUCAUCAAGACUGUAUAUCCUUUGUAUUUAGAUCUUUAAUGUUGUACAACUUAAUAUAAAACAAACCAAAGAGACUGAUUUCUAUGACUAGGUGUUACUCAUUGUGUCAUCCUAAAGCAGUGGGCUGGAGGGAGAGGCUGUUCAAGGAGAACAGAGGUGGAGUUAGUGCUGGCCAACUAAAUCAUGGCCUGUUUUCUAACCCAUUUCAUGUGCUGGGAAGGGACCAAUCAAUGAUUUCUUAAACUGACAACUGUUUCCUAGAGCAGGGGCUCUAAAACCCUGGGUAGCAGAGGGCUGUGGUCCAAACCAAGCUAAAAGAAACAGGCUGGGGCAGGGAAGCAUGGUGAAUGCCUGGCAGAAGAGGCAAACUCUGGGUCCCAUGGUGAAAAGCACAUUUCUUUGCACCUCAGAGACUUUGCAGAACCAGUGUAACACUAAGACUUUGUUAAAAGGGG